CGUCGUAAUCUCCCGUCAGUCGGUAAUGGUGUGUAAAACAAUGGUAUUUUAGUGUGGUUUUUGUGCCCCAUUUCGGCUUGCAGAGCACAGAGGCGUCGACUGCGGGGCCCCCGAACCCCUGUUAGGGCGUUCCAGUGUUGGCGUGAUGGUAAUCGGGGUGUGCGUCGUCGGCGAAGAACAAUCGAAAGUGUUGACAAAGUGGCCGUUGUCGGAGUGUUUUCGUCAAUAAUUUAAUAAUAAUUGGGGCUGAUUGUCGACGGGGGUGUGUUUGUGCAUGUUGAAGGGUCAAGCAAACCGGUCGGAGACCCUUACGAAAAUGGCGCUUGAUUCAAACGUCAAUGUAAACAAACCGGUGUGAAAAUGGAGCCGAUUUUGCAAAGAUUCGGAGAUGUCACGAUACAGAGGCUCGAGAAGCCCAAAGUGGGGCCACCGGCCGACGACAAGAACAAGGAUGAAAGCUCGAGUGGUCCCGAGGACGAGAGUAACGAUGAGACGAUGAGUCUCAAAAGAUCGUUCCCGGAUUCCCAAAUUUCGAUAAAAAAGUUUAAGUUUGAUCCGAGUUCGGUCACUUUGGAGAAGAAGCAUGUGGAGGAAGCGUCCAGUGAUGUUAAGAAACCUAGUGACGAUGAGAAACUUAAUUUUAGUGAUAGCGAAAUUUCGGAUUUUGAUAGUGAGUCUGAGUUGGAGUCAGACAGUGAACUUCUUCCUAGUGAUAAAAACAGUACCCCCAAAGUCCCCUCCGAAGACGAAUUCUCGACGACUUCUUUCCUCGACAAACUAGUCGACGACGCUUCUGAAACGGAAGUAUCUAAACCACCUGAUAAUCCCCCAACCGAUUCCGAAGACUACGAUUUCGAUAUCAAAGAGAAACUGAAAGAAAUGGGCGAAAUCAGUUUUCAGACAGUUAAAAAGGGUGAAAUCAAGCCGAAAAAAGUCGAACUUUCGACCGAAAAUGAAGUUGUCGUGACACCAGCACGAAAGCCAGGUGUUUCCGAAGACGACCUCUCUGCAGAGCGGAAAGGACUAAACCUCCGUCGUAACAUUCGCGAAGUCAUGGAUGAAACAAAGCUCGACGAAUCAACCCUAGCCGCCCAACGCCAGGAAAUGGAACGUCUCCAACGAGUCCAAGAACAACAGCGACUUCUUCGCGAUUUACAACGACAGGCGGCACAAGAACGAAUGCAAAAUAAAGUCAUUUCGUUACUUCAAGGGAACAAUUUUUCAAAACCGGGCACGUCGAGUACGACAAGAAUCGGAAAUACGGUCUUGGUUAAACUCCCCAAUGGACAAACCAAACCCAUGACAAGGUUACCGAAACGUCCGUUUGAUUUAGUGAGAGUACAAAAAAGUCCAACAUCUGCUGGUAUUAGUACACCUCCAAAAAGUCUAAUUUCGAUGAAAAAACCGGGCACGAAUCUAACUCCGAGUGUUAGUAUAGCACCGGUAACGAAGAAAAUUAUCCCACCGGUUACUCACGUCGAUAGCGAGAGCGAGGAGGACGUUAAGUCGCCUCCAAAGCUCAAAAGUGAGUUACCGAAAGAACCAGUUACAACCAUUGACAUUUCGUCUGACGAAGAUUGUAUAGUGGUGUCCGAACCAGAGGGCGAACAUGAAGAAUCUGAAGAUGACCCGAGUAACUCUGGGAUGCACACAAACGACGAAUUCAACCAACCCGAUGAACAGGGACGUGUCGUCGUCAAUAUCGGACAUCCGGAGAACGAACCAGAUCUUUUUCUCGCUCCUCAGAUCGCAAGAGUCAUCAAACCGCAUCAAAUCGGGGGUGUUCGGUUUUUGUACGAUAACGUUAUUGAGAGUACGGGUCGUUUUGAAAGUUCAACCGGUUUUGGUUGUAUCCUCGCUCAUUCCAUGGGUUUGGGUAAGACGUUACAGGUGGUUUGUUUCUCGGAUAUUUUCCUGAGGCAUACACCUGCCAAGACAAUUUUGUGUAUUAUGCCGAUAAACACGUUACAAAAUUGGAUGGCCGAAUUCAAUAUGUGGUUACCGACGGAGGAAGCCGUCGCUACGAGUCCUUUAACGGUUCAUGGUGAAGUUAGACCGAGAAAAUUCAAUCUACACGUUUUGAAUGACAGUCACAAGACGUUAGCGGCGAGGCAUAAAGUCAUCAAAGCAUGGAAGGCUGGCGGUGGGGUACUUCUGAUUGGUUACGAACAGUUCCGCUUGUUAUCAUUACGAAAACAUCCGAAAUCAAGACGGAAACCACUCGUCGCCGAGCCGGCCGACGAUGGUAGUAAUAAGCCACUAUUCGAUGAAAUUCAUGAAGCAUUGGUCAAGCCAGGCCCGGAUUUGGUGAUUUGUGACGAAGGUCAUCGGAUUAAAAAUUCUCACGCGUCUAUAUCGCAAGCAUUGAAACAAAUGCGGACGAAAAGACGUGUUGUCCUAACAGGGUAUCCACUUCAGAAUAACCUAAUGGAAUAUUGGUGCAUGGUGGAUUUCGUUAGACCGAAUUAUUUGGGUUCAAAAACCGAGUUUUGUAACAUGUUUGAACGUCCGAUUAUGAACGGACAAUGUAUAGACUCCACCGAAGCCGAUAUUAAAUUAAUGAGAUAUCGCGCGCACGUUUUGCACUCACUUUUAGUCGGUUUUGUCCAAAGAAGAUCACAUGCGGUGCUUCAGACUACUUUACCACAAAAAGAAGAGUACGUUUUGUUGGUUCGAAUGUUACCAUUUCAACGGAAAUUAUACGAGACGUUUAUGAAUGAAGUAGUGAGGUCUCAAGCAGUUCCAAAUCCGUUAAAGGCGUUCGCCGUUUGUUGUAAGAUUUGGAAUCAUCCGGAUGUGCUUUACAAUUUUUUGAAGAAGAGAGCGAGAGGCGAUGCUGUCGAUAUUGACUUAGAGGAGGUUGCAAGUACGACUGGAGUUCCAACUAAAGCGAAAAAACCUCCAACGAGACCGAGGAAAAGUGCAGCGAAAGGAAAACCCGGAGCAAAACCUGCAGCGUCCAUUACGCCCUACAAUGCCACGGAAAAUCCCACGCAACAAAUGACCAAUGAUCAGAAUUUCCAAAGAAAUAACUUUUUUGAACAGGGUAAUUCGACACAGUUUCAAAAUUCGAACAGUUUUGAAGGCAGUUCAAGUACAAGUGGUUAUAAUAGUUUUGGCCAAGAACCAUCGAGUAAUUUCAUGAAUACGCAAAAUAGUUUUGUUAAUAACAUAUCAGAUAAUUCACAGUUUGGUCCAAAUUAUAAUAGAAAUGACACUAACCAGAAUUUUAAUUACGAUCAAAAUUCUUAUCAAAACUAUUCACAACAAAGUAACUACUGGGGACAGAAUGAUAACUACGCACAGUAUAAUUCGAAUUUUAGUAAUAAUAGUACGAAUCAGUCAUGGGUUCGCAAAGAUGAAAAAGUAAUGAGUGAAAAUAGUAACGAAUCGAAACCGAAAAUCAAUAUAAUUAGCGAUAUUAAAUUACCGUCAGUUUUUAAUAGUCCUGAGAAGAAAAUAAAAAUUUUGAGUGAUAUUAAAAUCGAACCUAAAGUCGAAGAUUUAGACGAUAAAUCUGAAAUAAAACCAGAAAUAAAGAAAAUGAUCAAAGAUGAAUUGAAAAAUGAGUUAAAUAGCACAGAAGAAAAUCCUGCUGAAACAUCAAUUGCACCGAAAUUGGCACCAAAAGAUUUAAAAGAAGAUAGUGGAAUUCCCUACGAUUGGGCAAUUGAAUUAUUGAAAGAUUACAUACCUGGCCGUAUCGAAAAUUCUGCCAAAAUGGAAAUACUUUUUUGUAUAAUUAGAGAAAGUAUAGCGUUGGGUGAUAGAUUAUUAGUUUUUAGUCAGUCGCUGAUAACCCUAGAUCUAAUUGAACAAUUCCUUCAAAUGAACGUUGUUCCUGGCGAUACGCAAAAGUGGUGCCGAAAUACUAAUUACUACCGUCUUGAUGGUUCGACGAGCGCUCUCGAACGCGAAAAACUAAUAAACGAAUUCAACUCAAACCCGAAGAUUCACGUGUUUUUAGUAUCAACUCGGGCCGGCUCUUUGGGUAUUAAUCUGAUCGGUGCAAACCGUGUCGUGGUUCUAGAUGCCUCUUGGAAUCCCUGUCAUGACACUCAAGCCGUCUGUAGAGUAUAUAGAUAUGGUCAACGUAAACCAUGUUUUGUUUAUCGUCUCGUGGUGGAUAACUGUCUCGAGAAGAAAAUAUAUGAUAGACAGAUCAAUAAGCAAGGGAUGUCAGAUCGUGUCGUUGACGAAUGUAAUCCUGACGCUCAUUUAACAAUGAAAGACGUCAGCACGUUGUGUUGGGACGACAAAAAGGACGAAGGAGAAGAGAAAGAAUGGUUGCAUGUCAAGGAUAAUUACAUUGAUGUUGUUUUGCAAAAAGUUAUAGAAAAUCACGGAAGGAGAUUGAAUAAGGAGCCGUUCCAGCACGAGUCUUUGUUGGUUGAUAGGAAAGAAAAGCAGUUGUCACAACAAGAGAAACGUUUGGCGAAAAAAGGGUAUGAGAGGGAGAAACUAGCGGCAAGACAACCGGCAUAUAAUUUCUUAGCUGGAGGUCGAGGUCAAAGACCGGUAGCGUCAGUCAGGCCAAUGCAACAAGGAAUUGAUAGACCAUCGCGAUGGAUCCCUGCGGAACACUGGCAGAGACAAGGAAUGACAGCACAAGAAAUGACACUUCCUUUGGAUGUUGUGAUUCCGACGAAUCAACCAGAAAAAGGAAAUAUCGUGCUUAAAGCCGGCCAGAAAGUAUUAGUUUUGAAAUCGCCGAAAGGUGUUUACAUGCAAUUAGAAAACGGGAAAAUUGUCGCAAUAAAAACAGCCAUCAAGGUUAAAGGUAAAGCCGAGGAUAAUCAGGAUCCAACGAAGAAUAUGAAGCCAACAACACCCAUACCACGAAUUUCAGUGAUGCCACAAAAGCGAGUCGUUAAACCGUUCACUCCGGGAAUAGCAAAAAUGAACGUUAGAAGUAUAAGACAGUCUGUUCCUAAUCUUGUGUCAAGAAUACAAAGUUUUACGAAGAAAGAACCAGGAUUCCGUAACAGAACUCCUCUCGGACGUAGCGAAACCGACCGCAAACAACUUACUCGUUCAAAAGAUGUUGAACCGUUUCCCGGGAGUAGCAGUGACGAGGAACAUGUACAAAACGAAAUCGGGAAACAAAACAUGCCCGUUCCGGACGACAUCCAAAAGAGAAUAUCGUUGUUAAAGAAACAGGUGUCGAUUAAAAGACUGACUCAACCUCAAACACCCGACCAAAAACACACCUCGGCUUUGCAACGUCUCGAACAAACGACAACUGCCGUAAUGAACGACAACACACCUUUCCAGGAAACCCUUGACAGCAUAACCAGCUCUUACAAAGACGACGCUCUUGAAGACGACGCCUCGUCCGACCCAAAGCCGAGUGAUACGAGUGAUCACAGCGAUGAAGUCACCUACGUUUCGGAGCAACCCCCGCCUCAGCCCUACCAACAGUCCCCCAAUGCCCAAGAAGUCAAGACGGAGGCACCGACCGAUUAUUACAAUAAUUAUUACAAUUAUAAUAUGCAACCGUAUCAUGCGCCGCCGCCGCCACCACCGCAAGGUUACGGAUACCCGGCGCAGCCGCCGCCCUAUGAUUUGAUGGGUUAUCCGUCGCAGCCCCAGCAGCCGCAAUACAACUACGGUUAUCAGGGAUAUCCGCCGCCUCAGCCGCACUAUCCGCCGCCGCCCCCACAACCUGGAGUGUACGAUUAUAACGCACCGCAGCCUCAGCCUGUGUAUGGCGGUUAUAACCCAUACCCGCAGCAAUAUCCACCGCCCCCGCCGCCUCCACAAGAGUUUGUCUUUGAAGGUGUUAAGAAAUUGGAAAAUUCUGUGUUAAAGCUGUAUUUAGUAAAUUGUGUUGUUAAUAAUAAAACAGACAAAGUUAUGGAGUUUUUCCUAAAAAUGACACCAGAACUUCAGAAUCAAAGUGAAUGGAAAGAUUGGUUUGUGUUUCCCUAUAUAAAAAAUCAUGAAGAAAAUCCGGCUUUUACGCUAUAUUUUACAAAACAGUGGCAAGAUACUUUAUUAGUGUCUUUGCAUAAUUUUCUCGCGUCAAUAUUCCAAUAUAUGCCGACGCCGACACUCAUGCAUUUUGAAGAGGAUACUAUUAAAAUCAAUAAGCUGGAACAAAGGAAUGAAUCUCUCAGGAAUAGAUUAGCAUUGUUGAUUGAUAAAGGAUCUGAAGCAAACGUCACUCCAUGUUCUGUGGAGCCGCCUCCUCACUUACUAGACGAUUUUUACAUAAUCGCUCAAGAAAACAACAUCGUUGACAGUCAAGCCAAAAGCUUGAAAAGUCUAAUCAGGAAUAUGGGUACUGGCUCAAGCCCCGUUUUGGGACGUAAGGAGAGUUCAGGUGGGAAAAAAAGACUAAAUUCUACAUCAAAGACACCGAAAUCUAGUCAUUUCUAUGAUGUCUGAUCUCUUUAAUACUUUAUUUACAAAGAAUAAAUAACAAUUAUUGCUUAAAUUCGAUAAAGCUAUUUAUUUACAACUAA